AUGACAGGACCAUCGCCUCCAUCAGACGCAGGCUUCAGCCGUGGUGUUAACACGAAUGGAAUUACAGAGAGGCCUCCGACUCUUGAGGGGCCAACUGAUAGCCAUGUAUUGUCUCAAAUUGAACAGGAUGAGAAAGGCCUAUCACAGCAAACAGACAAUACUACCGAAGUGACAGAUUUAGGAUGGAAUAAGCCCUCUGAGCAUUUUGACGAGGCCUUGGUAGCUGGAUUGUCAAAUGAAGACUUAUGGAUGCUUCUGAGGAGAUUUGAUAAGCAAGUCUACAAUGUCAAAGCAAUACCAACCGCUCCUCUUCAGAAUCUUGACCUCACUCGAUCCGACGAUGAUGAGUUUUCGCCAGAUAAGCUGAGGGCGACUCUUGAAAGGUUCUAUACCACAGUUGUGAUUGGCCUAACAGGGUUCAUCAAGCAUGUCGCUCGCCUACGGUCCUGGAAAGAACCUCGUCGAACGGCUAUUUUCUGUAGUGCGUACACUAUGGCCUGGCUGCUUGAUUCUCUAAUGCCAGCAUUCUUCGCCACUUUACUCGCAAUCAUCUUGGUUCCUCCAUGUCGGCUAUUGCUGUUUCCUCCAGCCCCACUUGCUCUCGUGGACAAGAGUACGGGUGGCGUUCAGAAACCCAAAGCCGGCGUACUUGGAUCCGAUCAUAGUAUUACUGGUGCGCCGGAAAACUUCAAAGGUGAAGCUGCUGAAAAGGAGGCUAGUAACCUGGUAGCUGGAAUUGCUACUGUUGCUGUCGGGAGUGCUGUCGGGAAGAACGACCAAGCUGUUCCUGAGGAUGCACCUUUCGAAGCGAGUGUUCCAGAUGCGAUGGAUAUUGUUUCCAAUUCUGCCGAUGCGCAGAGCGCUGCGAGUGGGGGGAUUCCAGUUGAUACGCAUGACAAAACUCGACAACCCAUGAAACAAUCCGUUUUGGAGGCUGCCAAUAUCUCGAUGCAAGUAAUUAACGAUAUUACUGAUAUGUAUGAGAAAUUUGGAAAUGCUCUGUCUGGCACGCCACCCUUCCCACGACUUUUUCCUCAGCUGCGCCUCGCCUCGGUUAUAGCGCCGCUGUGGCUCCUGUCGAGGUUUACAUCGAGCUAUGCUCUUGUAAAGUCCACUAGUUUCUUCAUUGGGUUCGCAUUCUUUGGAGAUCCAAUCAUCUGGCGCGGGAUCCAAUGUUUGAACCGGAAAUAUCCUCGAUGGGAAAAGCUCUUGGAGUUACAGAACUCACUACUCAAAGGUGUUCCGACAAACGCACAACUAACUCUCACCCUUCUUCGAAUUGGCGAGGCCAAUGCAUCACCAUUACCACCACCGCCAAGCUCACUGGAUAGACCGCCAUCUAGACCAAUCUCACUCCAUCAUGAAGAGCUUACUCUUGGUGCUACACCAGAAGAUAUCCACAAGGCCGCCUCCGAUGAUGCGCAACAAAUGAGGACGCAUGAUACGGCUCCUCAGAGUCACGCGAUAGGUCGGAAUACCUGGUCAUCCAGAGUAAUCGGCCUCUUCAAGAGCACUACAGCAACUGGAGUCGAAAGCAAAAGAGGGCUAGACAAGGUUCGGGCAAUGAUCGGCUCUGUUCCUGCCGCGAAUCGGGUUGGCGUAUUACGUUCAAAGGGCAAACAGAGUGUACCAAUUGGCCCUGUGGAGUUCGAAGCCAGGUAUAAAGGUAAGCGUGGAGCGGCUGUUAUUGACUCAACAAAGGAGCCUCCGCUAUUGUACUUCACCACGGAUAUCCAGCAUGGAGAUAUCCAAAUUGAAAGCCGAAAGAGCAGCUCGGUACUGUUCAAAAUUCCUAUCUCGGAUGUCCAAGAGAUGAAGAAGCAAGGUGGAAUGGGGUGGAAGGGAAAGUUAGUUGUUGGAUGGGCGAUGGGAGGGAAAGAGGUUGUUGAUGGCCUGCUUAUUGUCGGCAAGGAGCCGCGUCAAUCUUACCAAUUGACAGCUAUGGGAAUGAGAAACCAGCUGUUCAAUAGGCUGAUUUCUAUUGAUGGACAGGUUUGGGAGCGCUUUUGA